AUGGGCAAACGCAAGCUCAAAAACACCAAGUACCGGAAGCACCAUGACUCCACCCACGCCAAACACGCGCCCAAGAAGCCCUUUUCCGCAAAACAUCCCCAGCCACCGCCCAAAGCCGCACCAAAACCGGAGAAGAGCGCCAAACAGCAGGCCCCCACCAAAUCUCCUCAGCACUCGCGUCCCGAGAUCCCCUUCGACCCACACGACCGUAUCCUGCUAGUCGGCGAAGGCGACUUCUCGUUCUCGCUCUCUCUCCUCACGCACCACGGCUGCGCAGACCUCACCGCAACAUGCCUCGACUCCGCCGAGGAGCUACUUCGAAAAUACACCCAGGCGGCGGGGCAUAUUGAGGAGCUGGAGGCCGAGGGCAUGAGUGUGCUUUAUGGGGUUGAUGCUACGAAGUUGGGAAAACGGAGGGAGCUCAGGGGGAAGGAGUGGGAUAGGGUUGUUUUUAAUUUCCCGCAUGUGGGCGGGAAGAGCAGGGAUGUGAAUCGGCAGGUUAGGUAUAACCAGGAACUCCUCGUCGCCUUCUUUCGCGCUGCGCUCCCCCUCCUUGCUCCGGAUGGCACUAUCAUCGUCACCCUCUUCGAAGGCGAACCCUAUACGCUGUGGAACAUCCGGGAUCUGGCGCGACACGUUGGGUUGAAAGUUGGCAGGAGCUUCAAGUUCAGCGCAGAGGCGUAUCCGGGAUACAGGCACGCUCGGACGCUGGGAAAUAUCGAGGGAGAUGGUGGAUGGAAGGGGGAGGACAGGCCAGCGAGAACCUACGUGUUCGAGAAGGCUGAGGAGGGCGAGCGGGCGAAGGAGCCGAAAUCGAAGAGGAGGAGAGAUGAGGAGACCGACGAGGACAGUGAGGAUGGUUGA